AUGGACAAGAAAGAGAAAGCAAAGGAGAAGAGAGAGAGAAGACGGCAGGAGAUCUCUCUCCUCCGUACCAUUCCGUAUUCCGACCACCGAAGGUACGUACGAUUCGAUCCUUUCAAAUCGACAAAAAAUUUUCUCAAAUCCGCUGUCGGAAAAUUACAUCUUAUCCUCAGAUGGUGGAGCUCCGAAACGGUCGCGGUGGUGACCGGCGCCAACAGAGGAAUCGGAUUCGAGAUCGUACACCAGCUCGCGCUCCACGGAUUAACCGUCGUUCUUACAUCGCGCGAAGCCGCCGUCGGAGAAGAGGCGGCAAAGGUCUUACAGGAAGGCGGUCUGAACGUCGUGUUCCAUCAGCUUGACAUUGUCAAUCCUUCCUCGAUUGAAGCCUUCGUCGAUUGGAUUAAGGAAUCCUACGGAGGCGUUGACAUACUGGUGAACAAUGCCGGAGUGAAUUUCAAUUCCGGGUCCGAUAACUCGAUGGAGAACGCCGAGAACGUAAUCCGAACAAACUACUUCGGCACCAAGAACAUGAUCAAGGCGAUGAUACCGGCGAUGCGAGCUUCCGAACCCGGGGCUCGCAUCGUCAACGUCAGCUCCAAAUUGGGAAGACUGAACGCGAAGCGACACAGGCUCGAAAACGACGAGUGGCGGCAGAAGCUCGAAAAUGACGCGCAGCUGUCGGAGGAGCUGAUCGACGAGAUGGUGAACGCGUUUCUCGACCAAGUGAACGACGGGACGUGGGAGGACGGCGGAUGGCCUCCGGUCAGCACAGACUAUUCGCUGUCGAAACUCGCCGUCAACACGUACACGAGGCUGAUGGCGCGGGAGUUUUCGGAUCGACCGGAAGGAGAGAAGAUCUACAUCAACUGCUACUGCCCCGGGUGGGUGAGGACGGCGAUGACCGGCUGGAAAGGGAAUGUUACGCCCGAGGAAGGGGCCGACACCGCCGUCUGGCUUGCGCUGCUUCCCGAUCAAUCCAUCACCGGCAAAUUCUUCUACGAGCGGCACGAAAUACACUUCUGA